AUGUACGCGACGAACAAUCAGUUCCAGAAAACCGGUCCAAAGGGUUUCAUCCAAGUCAAGGUUCUUGAGAAUGAUCAGCUUUACAUUCGUGUCGAGUUGCCCGGAGUUCCAGAUGACGGCGUCCGUCACAGAGUCGACGCCGUGAGGCAAAAGGUGGUGUUUUUCUCCGGCGAGACAGUAGACGACGGCAACAAGAAAGACCCAGUUCGUGAGUACUCCGGAUCCGCCGGCCUGAGCUGUGAUUGCUGUGAGAUCACAAACGUGGAUGCGAAAAUGAAAGACGGAAUGUUGAGGAUGAUCGUGUCAAGGGUCAAAGUGAAAGACCAUGAAACCAAGUGUACACUCACGUUUCCUCCUUUUACAGGUAAAUCGGGAAGGUUCGCGGAAGAUCAUCCAUUUGUUGUGAAAGGACGCAAGAGAGCAAACGUUGGAGAACCAAUAGCUCAUGGUGGUUUGUAUUUUUCAGUGGAUGUGCCUGGAGUUUGUGUUGAUGACAUUGACGUAUUGGCUAAUGAGGAGGAAAUCAGAUUCCAUGCUGAGAUCAAAAAUGUGUAUGAGCAUGAUGAGAGUGGUCGUGUAUACCUGGGAAGCAUCAAAUGUCCUCAGGGAUUCUCACUUUUGAGCCACCAAAUGGCUUAUGAUGCACAAUAUGGAGUUCUCAAGGUUGUUGUUGCACCUUACCUACUACGAAGAGGAUCUUGGAAAGCAAAAUACAAGAAGAAGUAUGAUGUUACCAUUAAUAACGUUAUCAAUAGUAAUGGUAAAUGUAGAGUUUAUUGCUUGCGGAAUACGUAA